CUCAGUCUCAGUGAUGGUGGAGUUUUAUGAUUCCAGCUGCUACAAAACUGACAGUUUACUUCUCUGUGUCUGUUGCUUGCUAGAUCCGAAGGCGGGUUUCUGUCCUCAGCGAUUACAUUUGUGUUGUAUUUUACACUGUAGAUGAGAGUGUGGCUGGAGUCGGCCAUCUUUUCCUGAGCUGCCCAAUAGCCUCAGACCACCAAUUUUGCAGCAGUUGUUUAAUUGCAGCAGUUAGUUCAGUCCAAACUUGCAGAGCAAGAACAAUUUACACCCAGGUUUCUCAACCAGCACCAUUUUGUGGGCAGGAAAUCUAAAAUCGGGAGAGGACAUUUAGGAGGCAUGAGUAAUCUGGGCAGUAGAUACAAUAGGGGUGAACAAUUUAUCGAUUUCAAAUGGAAUUCUCAAUUUGACAGAACACGAUUAUGAAAUCGAAACUGCGAUUUAGAAUAUAUAUUACACAGCACGUCUCACCCAGGUCUUAAAACUGUCAUGAGAAUAGUUUUACAAAUUCAUGCGAUCCUGUGUGACAGUCAUGCUCACCAAUCAGAAGUGGCCCAAGGGGACUGCGUAUUCUCCCACAAACAGCAAACACGUGAAACCCAUGGAUAACGUUACAUUUGCGGUGCUUCUAACUUAAAACUGAAUCAUCUGCCUAUUUCAUGCUCAGAGAUUUUACAGAAAGGUCCUAUUAUUACGGAUCAAAGCAGCAUUAGCUACAGGAUCCCUAUUGUUUUUUUGUCUUACUGGAAUGGUUUUAUUUUUAUUGUUGUUUUUACUUUAUUUAACUUAACACAGUCACAGCUUUUGUAAUAAUUCUUUGAUUUUGAUCGUUCGCUGCUAAUUUAACCCUUGAGUACGUGGGACUUUCAGGAAACCCUAUUACUUUACUAAGGGUAACAAUGCAGUCAAAUGCUGUUUGCAAAUGCAGCACUUCGAAUCCGCACUAAAAAUACAAUCACUUUACCAUUCUAGGGUCACUAGUGACCCGGCCCUUUUUUCGGAAAAUAAAUAACCACAAAACAUUUUUUUUCUAAGUUAUUUUGCGUUAAAUUUAUAGUAAAUUGUUGCGGAUAUGGCAUAAUAUGGAAACAAUGCAUCAGAAUCAUAUCACGAUGUAAGAAGUUUACUUUGCUUGGGAAAUUUUCUUAAAUACGUAUUUGUAGGGCUAGGCGAUAAACCGAUAAUGACAAUUAUCACGAUAUAACUUCCCGUCCAUAUCGACAUGACAAAUGCUCAAUGAAAGUUUGAUAAAAACAUAUGAUCAAACAUGUCACUGGAAACACGCUUUGCAUCAAAAAAUUAUGUCACUUUCUCCGUGACUACUCAUCUAGACCAGCACAAGCACAGACAUAGUUGUGAAAACGGGGGAUUUACUGAACCAAUAAGAGAAUGCAAUCGGGUAGGCAGGCAGACGACAGAGAUAAACCAUCAAAACAACAGGACAACUCACCGGGACAGCAGGUAAGUCCUGAAAACAAGAUAUAAUGCAUUUUAAUUUUUAUAUGCUAACUCUGCUUCCGGUAUACAGGCUAAAAUGCAAGAUAUUUUCUUAUCAUAUCAACGCAAAUGCACAUAAAAUAAGUUACAAGCAAUGGGUAGUCGCACUUAUCGUUUUUAAAGGUGAAUCCGUACUUGCGUACCAGUUAUGUCCAUCCCUGUUUAUAACCACUAUUACGCCUAAGCAUCUGGUUUCUUCAGCUUUAACUUUGGAGUAAAACCUGUCUUUAAACUAGAAAGAAAUAACAUUUAUCGUGAUAAUGAUCGAUAUCGGCUGAUAUUACAUUUUUUAUUGCAACAACAUUUUUAGCCAUUUCGCCCAGCUCACUGUAUUUGCAGGUUUGUUCCCAACACAGGAGAGGGGAUGAACACUGAUGGCUGCUGGAGGCUCACUCAGCAUUUUUUGAACUGUUUUUGUUAAGUUUUUAAAGUUAUAAAUAAAACAUAUCUUUCAUUCUUUUCAUGUAAAUUAUCUGAACAGUACUCCAUACGUUAGUUUUUUAUUUAUGUGAAUUUAAUUUCUGUGCCAAAGAAAAAUUAAUGUUUGAAACAUGAAUAUUGAUACUAGUUUAUUAAAUACAAUCUAAUGUGGCCCACUGGGCCUUGACAACAUGCCGUGAUAAGUAGGUGGGCCUUGCUGAAAAGGUUUAGAACUAUGGGUUUACACCAACAAAAAUUAUAGGUAAUGAGGAACAUAGAGUGAUGCUUAAAAGUGUGUUAACCUGUUAGAAUUCUGCAAGAAUUUCUGCAUAAAUAUGAUGUGUGUCACUACAGUCCCUGAUUAUUAAAUCAUGUAUUUGAGCCCGCUCUGAGCUAGUGCCAAUAAGAGCCAAGCUAAUUUGAGUCAUUUCAGUAAUUUCAGUCAUCAUGGCUCUUGGAGCAUAGGGUUCAGUAGUUGUUUAGUCAGAGGUUUGUUUGAUGGGUCUAGUUGGAGCGGUUCUGUUUCCUUGUGACGCUGUGGGUAGCUUGGGGAUCAUAGCAUUUGGUCUUGGGCUUCUGGUUGGCUGGUUUCUAUGUGUGUGUGGAGGGGGGCUUCAUGGUCACAAGUGGCCAGCAUUGCAUAGCUGGUGUGCUCUGCUGCUGGUGUCCUGUCUUUGGGUCUUUUAAGCGUGUCUUGGGUUUUGCUUGUGUUUCCCCUUUUAGGUUCCCUGGUUCCUGUUUACUACUCCUCUGCAAUGGAUUCUGCCUUCUGCUUCACCUCACCCUGGAGCUGCCCAUCCAGUCAGCAGCCCAAGUCCCCUGGUUCCCUGUUUCCAGCAGAGUAGGACCUGCUGGUCUAAGGGUCCGGGGGACUGAAAACCUGGCAUGAUGGAUGAGAGGCCCAGUGGCCAUACUACGGUCGCCCGGAAUCCAAGUCCUUCCUGUACGACAUAGUGGCGAAUAAAAGAAAUGGCAUCGAUGUGGACAAGAUGGAUUAUUUUGCUAGAGAUUGUCACCACCUCGGCAUCAGGAACAAUUUUGACUUUGAACGCUUCCUGAUGUUUGCCCGUGUGUGUGACAUAGAUGGGAGGAAGCAAAUCUGCACCAGAGACAAAGAAGCACACAAUCUCUAUGAAAUGUUUCAUACCAGACACCGCCUGCACCGCGAAGCCUACAAGCAUAGGGUGGUGCACAUCAUUCAGACAAUGAUAGCAGAGGCUUUUGAAAAGGCUGAUGAGCAUAUCCAGAUCUCUGGCUCUGCUGGCCAGAUGUUUACCCUCUCCACUGCUAUCGAUGACAUGGAGGCCUACACCAAGCUGACAGACCAUGUGUUUGAACGGAUCCUAUACUCCAAGCGCAAUAAUCUUGCUGACGCACAGACCAUCCUGAAGAAAAUUGUUGACCGCGAGCUGUACAAGUUUGUGGAUGAGAAACGGCACCUCACAGACAAGGAGAUCAAGCAGGAGGAAUUUCAUAAGUGGUAUAAAAAAAAAACCUCUUCCAACUCGGAUGUCAGUGUCCAGGCAGAGGACAUCAUCAUCAAAGAAAUUAAGAUGGACUAUGGAAUGAAGGACAAGAACCCCAUCAAUGCCAUGUGGUUUUACCGCAAGAAUGACCCUGACUCUGUGUUCCAGUUCAGGGACGAUGAGGUCUCUGAGCUCCUCCCUAAGAAGUUUUCAGAGAAGAUAAUCCGCGUCUACUGCAAAAAGACGGAUAACGACAGCCUGGAUGUAGCCAAGAAGUACUUUAAGGAGUGGUACGACACCAUUAAACAGGGUUAAUCUGCAUGUCAGCGCAGCAUUUGCCAUGGAAGAGGAUGCAUUUAUUUUAUACUUCAUGUUUAUUCCCAGAAUCUUUCAUUUAUGUGCUGUAAUUGUUGUGAUGUCACACUGAAUCCAUUUAAUUUAACAAUUUUCAUAUUGGUGCAAUUUAGAACAUUUUUCUGUUAGAAUUAUCAUGCAUGUUGGUAUGUACUGCAGGUAUUUGCUGUUUAGUUUGGGAUGCUGUACAUUUGUUGUACCCAGUUAUCACUAUGUAUCACAACCACAGUGUAUGAAAUACAGAUGGUUCUUGCUCAUAUCUAGAAGGUUCCUGCUGUAACAGUAAUGGUACACAUGAUUGUCACAACAUCUGCCAUGUUAAAUCUAGAUUAAAAAUUUUGUUAUUU